GAACGUGAAGAACUGAGAAAGGCAGAGCAACUGUACUUGGAGAACUGGGAAGAGCUGGAGAGGAGAGAGGGCAGUAGACUGGCAAAAUGAGUGACCCAAACUAUGAGAAGAAGUCCAGCAACUGGCCUGACCCUCAGGCUCCACCACCCUUCUCUGAAAAUCAGCCCUUUGAGUCAGAGGCUGAUCCGCUGGCACCUCCUGGUCAGCCUCCACCCGCCCCAGGCUAUGGGUCAGCUCCCUCUAUGCCAACUCUUUACCAAGCUUAUUAUGCCCCACCAGAUUCAGGAGUCUACCAAGGUUUGGAUCAAACCCCGCAGUCCAUCUUCAUCAUACCUCCUCAGCCUACCAAUGAACCUGAGCACCUGAACUACUCUAUCUUCACCAUGUUGUGCUGCUUCCCACCCCUGGGCAUCGCUGCCUUGAUUUUCUCUAUAAAGACUCGCGAUGCCAACUUUGCUGGAAACGGAACAGCCGCUCGGCAGCAUUCCCGGACAUCAUUGUUCUUGUCACACCUGGCAGUCGGGAUGGGCCUCGUGCUCAUAACUCUGUACAUCAUCUUAACUGUGAUUAUGUUUAAGGCAAGAAAUACUGAGCUGCAAAGCCCUUGAAGAUGCGUGACAUGGCGUUCGUAUCCUAAAAGAUCUCCCCGUCUCUCCAUCCUACCCCGACGCACAGAGAAAUUCUCCUCUGAUGUCAUGCCCUUUUG